UUCGCACAAAAUACAAGUGCAGGACUCGACAGCAACCAGUUGGAACAAUGCCGCGCCGUGAACGAGAUAACUUCGGAGAGGAAUGGGACGAUGAUUACACCAGGCGGGCUUUCAUCACGAAAGUCCUAUCAAUAGUAGGCCUUCAGUUGGCUUUCACGGCAGCCGUUGUGGCUGUUUUCACGUUGGUGGAGCCAGCCCAAAAUUUUCUGAUUAAGUAUUUUUGGUUGGUUUUCGUAUGUAUGGGGGUUAUGUUUAUAACUAUGAUUGCGUUGGUCUGUUGCAUUAAGGUUGCUAGAUCCGUCCCCUGUAACUAUAUACUGCUCAUCAUAUUCACCAUUGCUAGUGCGAUUGUUACAUCGUAUACGGCCUUACGAUUUGCUCCGAUUCAGGUGCUGACGGCAUUGGGCGCGACUAUCGUUGUGGUGAUCUUUUUGGGCUUAUUCGCUGCCUUUGCGCCCUGUGAUUUUACAGGCUGUGGCUUACUCAUAUGUGUCCUUGUGAUGGGAUUAUUUGUAAUGUGCAUAGUUGGAAUUUUUGUUAGGACCCGCACUAUGAUGUGGAUCAUAGCUGUCGCUGGAGUUAUAAUAUUCUCUCUGGUACUCAUUUUCGACUUACAACUCAUGAUAGGCGGUAAGCAUAAGAAUCAAUAUUCGGAAGAAGACUAUGUUAUUGCCGCGCUCAGCAUUUAUGUGGAUAUUAUUAUGUUGUUUCAAUAUAUCCUGGAGAUAAUCGGCUUGAUUGAUGGAUGACAAACGAUACCAAAUCGUGAUGUGUUCGAGUCAAAUAAAACAAGUUAAAUAAAUAGCAAAAAAAAUUUAGUUAAGAAAGAAUACCAAUUCAAGCAGGGAAAGAUAAAGCUUUCAAAACUUAAUAAAUCAAGAUCCAUUUCCAGCAGUAUUAAGAUGAGAAUCAAUAUGUGCCUGAAUAAAAAAUGCU